AUGUUUGCGAGUCGCAAUUCUCGACGUAAGGUGCCAGCAGCGCAUUCCAAGUGGGUACCACUUAAGCGAACGCAAAACACCGGAAGAGCGGAAUAUCCAACAGCAGUUCCAGCGCAACACGUUGAACAACAACAAAAACAACAACAGCAGCAGCAACAGCAACAGCCAACAGAUUAUUCGCAGAAAUAUGUUGAGCCACUUCGGGUUACCGUACGGAACGAUAAUGCAAGCAAUUUGCCAGCCUGGAUGAUCGAACAGCAACAGCAGAAUGCGGCAACAAGCAGCAGCAGGAUUUCCCCAUCAAUGGAUCAUUCACCGUGUACCGGACAUCUUGUUUUUUCUGUUACAGAUUCUGGAUCUGGACCAGCGCCAAGAAUGAUUUUUGGUGGAAGCUUGCCAACAAUGGGUAUGGAGAGAUCCGGCGCUAGUGCAGCUGCUGCUGUUGCUGUUGCUGAAACAGCACCAGAUGGCGGUGAUAACGAGGAUGAAGCGGAGAAAUUACGUGCUGCGUUGCUGGAGCAGGUAAUGAAGAAAAAGAAAGCGAAAAUUCUCCCGCAGCCAGUAAUAACUCUUGAAGAAGGUGAAUUGAGCAGUGUGAAUUCGGAUGGACAGGCCGAUGAUGAUCAGGACGUGGCGAGACGCAAUUCAAGAAUGGCAGAUCGAUAUCCGAGAAUAUGUAUAAAUGAAACGGAACGAAGCAGACAGCAAAUGAAUUUCAAGCGGCGACGAAGUAGUUCUAUUUCAAGCGAUAGCGACGUUAUUAUUCUGAAUGAGGAUGGCCCGAAAACACCGCAGAAAAGGCGAGAAAAUUCUGUCGAAGAUAACUCCAGAAAGCUUAAUCUGGGCAAACGUCUGAAGCAAGAAGUUGAUGGUUUCCUAGGAUUGGACGAGCGAACUGCUGAAGAUUGGGAGCAAAUGGUUGAAGCUGAACGGAAGCGUUUGAAAAAUGCUGAACGAAAACUUAGGCAUCGUGAAUCCUACAGAGACAAUGCGAAGCGAAAUCGUGACAAAUUUUUGGCAAAGGCGGAUCGAUGUGCACGACAAAUAGGUACGACGGAAGCAGAGAUGGAGGUACUGAUGUGCGAUAUUGAAAAGAGUAAAGGUCGUUUAUCGUUUUUGGAGCGUGAAUUCGAGAAAUCACGUUUCGAAGAAGGCCUAAAAAAAGCGGCGGAGCGGGAAAAACGCAAACAGUCAAUCAUCAAAAACGAAAUUGACGUG